AUGUCAAUUCUGGUCGGACUGUGCCCUAUUUAUGGAAUUUUAUGGCACCCGCAUCGCAAUCUUAUCAUCGUUCCUCCAGAACAUUUGAAUCCUUCGGUUGAACUCGGCUCAUGGGUUAUGACGCAGGUGUCAACACUUGAAACCGACAUACCCGAUUUGCCCUACGAUUUCAUAACAGUAUCGCAGCUGAAGAAAAUUGCCGAUAAAUUACAAAUGCGACGAGUCGGGAAUGCUGUCCAGGUCGGUGUGCUCACAUCAUUUCUUAUUGAAAAAUCCUAA